AUGGCUUUUCUAGAUAUAUUAAAGAAAUCAUCUACGGAUAAGAAGAGGAUAAAAUCUUCGUCGUUUGCGCAUUCUCAUUCUUAUGGUUACAGUACUGUUACACAAUUCUUCAUUAAAAUUGACGAACCACAUAGGAUAUGGAAACCAGACGAAUAUAUUAGCGGGGAGACUACUCUGGAGAUUAGAAAGGAUGUAACAAACAUUGCUGUAGAGUUAUCUUUGAUCUCUGAAAUCAAAGUCAAAGUGAAAAAUACUUCGCCUACAACUAGAACUAAAAGAGUAGAAAGACUAAUUGAAAGAUCGACUUUUCUUUACGGUAAUAAUGACAUUGAUAGUAACAAAAUUGGUUCUUCACCUGUUAAUGGACUAACAAAGGGACAACAUAAAUUUCCAUUCAGGAUAAAAAUCCCUCAUGGCAAGAAAAUAUUUAGCUCAAUAAAAUUUGAAAAGGGCUCUAUUGACUACUUUUUAAAAUGUUCCUUCGUAACAAUUGGUACAAAACAAAAUGAUAAACCAAUUGCCACAUGUGAACAAGGUUUUACAGUUAUCGUACCGCUAGAUGUUUCCAAACUACCGCAACCUAGGACUAAACGCGUGGUAUUACAGUCAUAUUCAAUGCUGUCAGCUGUCAAUAGUUCUACUAGUAAUAGUGCUAAUAAGCAUUUAAGUGGUGAAGAUGUUUCUUCAUCGUUCACCAAAUUUACCAGACAAUCUGCAACUUCAAGGAACUCCAAAAUUUCAAAAAGUUCCAGUGGAUCGUCGAGUAGUACAAAUAAUGGCACUCCUGUAGCUCAGGAUAAGACUGUCAGUGUAUCGGUGGAUUUGCCUCAAUCUGGAUUUGUAGUAGGGGAACUGAUACCCAUUCAAAUAUCAGUAAAACAUUAUAAAGAGUUUCAUCAUCCUGCCGGAUUAAUAGUAACAUUGGUACGAAUUUGUAGGGUUGGAAAUAAAGAUGAAGCCAUGGAGACUUUUAGAAAGGAUAUAUGUCAAACCAUACUGCCGUUGUAUAUAGACCCUCAAAUGUUAGAAUCACAUUCAACGGCAUUUCUAAAGGUCCCUUUGGAUACUUUCUCUACUUUCACCUCAUUUAACAACUUUUUUUCGUUUCAAUACUAUGUGGAAGUGAUGGUCAAUUUAUCACGAAAAAACAUAAUUUACACGGAAUCUAAUAGAAUCAUUGGUGGAGGUGAUGAAGGCUAUUCUCAGAAUAGUGAUAAUCUCGAUGUUUCAAAUAAAGUAACCACUGGAAUGGAAGACAAUCUAAACAACAUACAUAGAAAAGUUCUGAAAUUAGUCUCGACUUCGCACGUAAGUACAGAUCAGAAGGAAACUAUGGAAUCGAAUAUCGUUUAUCAGGAUAUGGUAAACGUUGAAAAGUUAAAAAGACUUCGAAAUGUCACAGGCAUGUCAAUCGAAAUAAUCGUAGGAACUACAAGAUUAGAAGAGGUAGAGGCUGCCAAGGAAAGUGAUGACGUGGAGCGAACACAACAAUCCCAAACUAAUAUACCUUAUAAUGAAAUGAAUUACGUGAAGAGAACACCCUCUCCUCCACGUGUUGGUCAAUUACCUACACCCAAUAUGAACGAAUGGCUCUCAUCUUCAAUCGACUACCAACAGGUUCCUGAAUACACACCUAAUGAAAACAUGACAGUUUCAGAGGACAAACAAGAGUUUGAGAAGGAAAGAUUACUUGCCAUGGAAAGUGAACCUGAAGAAUAUUAA